AUGGUUUAUUCCAUCUUUCAAAUGAAUCCCCCAAUCCCAAUAAACACAACAGGCAUUGAACAAUUAAAAUUAAAAUCCUUCGAUUCAGCAAAUCAAAAACAACAAAUAACUGACGAUAUAAUCGCUGGAGGGACUUUGAUUAUUAUUUCCUUCUUAGGGAUGGCUUUACAUGCUAUUGAAAUGCUUACAAUGUUUAAAACUUUAAAAAAAGUUAUCGGAUUUAGAUUUUUUCUUGUUCUUUCUGUUUUUGAUUUGUGUUUACUUUUAAUUUUUGGAAUUUUUCCUGGCUGGAUUAUUUUAAGUAAGCAACCAGGAUUUCUAACUGAAUGGAGUCAUUAUCUUCAUGCCUGGGCUGAUGCUUGUUGGUUUAGUAUGUGUUACAUGAACGUUGUUAUUGCUGUAACUCGUUUUGCGUGUGUAGUCUUUCCAUUACAUUUUCGACGAUUAAGUCGUCAAUCAACGUGUUGGUUAAUUUGUGGGGGUGCUGUGGGAGUAGCAACCCUUCAAAGUUGGUUAAUGAAUAGUGCACCUUGGUUUGUUGUGCUUUGGUAUCAAGCAGAUGUUUAUGGAAUGACUUGUGAUUGGGUUGCUUAUGCAGAAAGUGGAACUCGAACAGUUUAUUUAAGCAUAAAUUUGGGAUUUGUCGCUGCUUAUCUACUAAUUUAUAUUUCAACUGCAGCUACUAUCUUUUGCAAAAGAAAUCUUCGUUUCCAAUUUAUGGCAGCUGUUUUUGGUAAAUCUUCAACUAGCGGGAAUGAACGAAUUAAUAUAAGUCAAAGGGUUAGAGAAGUAGUUAUUGUUAAUGGAAUAGAACAAAAAGAAGAAGAACAAAUAGACAAUUCAACACCUCAAAAUUCCUCAAAUUCCUCACCAAAAUUAAAUAACAAUAAAGGUCCAAUCCCUAUCGAAAAAACAACCACAAUAUUUAGAACAAUAAGUAUUGUUAGAAAAAAUAAUAAUGAAGGUGUCGCCAUAUCUACAACAAAAAGUUUUGGAAAAAUAAAUUUUAGCAGUCAAUCAUUGGAAAUAAAGUUGGUACUCCCUUGCUGCAUUAACUCUUUGAUUUUUGUUGUUGCACAAUUGAUUGUAAUACGUGGUGGAAUUGGCUCUGAUAAGUGGGCUGGUUUUUCUGUGAUGUUAAUUUUUUGUAUCCAGUCAAUUGCCCCUCCAAUACUUCGAUUUGCUUUUAGUAAACUUUUACGAGAACAAGCUUUAUUAGCCCUCGGAUUGAAAUCAUUUUUGUUAAAAAGAGGACGUUUUAGGUUGUGGACAGUUGUAGCUUCAUUUGUUAGUAAAGGAGGUGUGGGUGGUGCUGGACAAUUGGCAGCACAAAAUGCUGCAUUGAAGAGAAAUAAUUUACAUUAA